GGCAUUUUGGCUGACUUGACUAUGCCAUCAUUGCCAAAUGCAUCUUCCUAGCAUCAGAGAUGAGACUGACGAGUGAAUGAAAUCGCGAGAAAACGCCGACGUCCAAUUUCUAAGCAGGUUUUGAAUGUCUGGGUAGAAAGAUAGAAACACAGAUCUCGCAGCAGAUGUUGUGUCUUCUGGAUCUUGCUUGUCUGAUAAUCUUUUUUUAAAUCAAAAACAACCAGAAGCGAGUCCACCCUAGUGAAGCAUCGCCCGGCCGGUCACAGGGGAGCAGCAAGCAUUGACAACGAAAAGUCCUCAACAUCAUCAUCAUCAUGCCAAAGUCGAUUUCCGUGUCCAAGGUAGAAGGCAAGCCUGGCCAGGUUUACUAUCCGUUGUCGCUCGACGAUGUCGCCAAACCGACGCCGAAGGGCAAGGAGGUCGUCAUCAAGAUGCACGCCACCGCGUUGAACCACCGAGACCUGUACGUGCGGCAGCACCUCUACCCGGGCACCACCUUCGGCGUGACGUUGUUGUCGGACGGGUGCGGGACGGUCGUCGCCCUGGGGAGCGACGCCGACCCAAAGUGGAAGGGCAAGAGGGUCAUUGUGAACCCGGGCCUGGGCUGGCACGACAGCCCCGAGGGCCCCGAAGAACAGGGCGGCUACAGGAUUCUAGGCGGCACAAAGGUCAACGUGAACGGUACGUUGCAAGAGUACAUGGUCAUCGACGAGUCCGAGCUCGAGGAGGCACCGGCCCAUCUGUCUGCCGUCGAAGCGGCCGCCAUCCCCCUGACUGGACUCACCGCGUGGCGAGCCGUCAUGACCAAAUGCGGGCCUCGAAACAUCGGCCCAGGCAAGAAUAUCCUCGUCACCGGCAUCGGUGGCGGUGUGGCCUUGUUCGCUCUGGAAUUCGCACGAGCCGCUGGCACCAAUGUCUACGUCAGCAGUAGCAGCGAGGAGAAGCUCCAAAAGGCCAUCAAACUCGGAGCGGCGGGCGGUAUCAACUACAAAGAGGAGGGUUGGGAAAAGAAAUUGUUGGCCAUGUUGCCUGCGGAGAACAAGCAACUCGAUGCCAUUGUUGACGGCGCCGGCGGUGAUAUCGUUGACAAGGGCGUGGCCUUGCUCAAGCCUGGCGGUAUAAUCGCAGUCUAUGGCAUGACCAUGGGACCUAAGAUGCCGUGGUUGAUGAAGGCCGUGCUCAGGAAUAUCGAGGUCAGAGGGACGACGAUGGGAUCGAGAAAGGAAUUCAAAGACAUGGUCGCUUUCGUCAAGGCGAACAAGGCAAAGCCUGUAGUCUCGCGAAUCGUCCAGGGUUUCGACCUGGAUGCCAUCAACGGUCUGUUCGAGGACAUGAAGAAGGCCAGCCAAUUCGGCAAGUUGGUGAUCGAGCUCACCAAGGACGGUGCCGACAGCAAGCUGUGAAUAUAAUUAGAUGUGUUGAGCGUGUAUUAUCCGGUCAGCUUCGUCGCUGGAAAUGCAAGGUUGUGCUGAUCAUCUUCUCGUAUCCUCUGCGUUUCUCGCCCAUACACCUAACGCCAAUAUGCCCAAUGUGUUUCAACUCAGGAUUUCUAUUU